UUUACCUUUCUCCACUAACUUGUUUCCAUUGCUAAGCAAAAACACUCAUAAACGCUUGAUUAAGUCUCUAACAUGGCUGCAGCAGCACCACCACUGAAAGAUGAGCUAGACAUUGUGAUUCCCACAAUUAGAAACCUUGAUUUUCUUGAAAUGUGGAGGCCUUUUUUUGAGCAAUACCAUCUUAUUAUUGUCCAAGAUGGUGACCCUUCUAAGACCAUUAAGGUCCCAGAUGGUUUUGAUUAUGAGCUCUAUAAUCGAAAUGACAUUAACAAGAUCUUAGGUCCUAGGGCCUCUUGCAUUUCAUUCAAGGACUCUGCUUGUCGCUGCUUUGGUUACAUGGUCUCCAAGAAGAAGUAUAUCUACACCAUUGACGAUGAUUGCUUCGUUGCUAAGGACCCAAGUGGGAAAGACAUCAACGCGCUGGAACAGCAUAUAAAGAACCUUCUUUGCCCAUCAACUCCUUAUUUUUUCAACACUCUGUAUGAUCCAUUCAGAGAUGGUGCAGAUUUUGUGCGUGGUUACCCUUUCAGCCUACGUGAGGGUGUCCCAACGGCAGUCUCGCAUGGCCUCUGGCUCAAUAUCCCUGACUAUGAUGCUCCUACCCAACUUGUCAAGCCUCUCGAGAGGAACACUAGGUAUGUUGAUAUGGUGUUGACAAUCCCAAAGGGUACUCUCUUCCCUAUGUGUGGAAUGAAUCUGGCAUUUGAUCGUGAUCUUAUUGGUCCAGCUAUGUACUUUGGACUCAUGGGAGAUGGCCAGCCUAUUGGACGCUACGAUGAUAUGUGGGCUGGUUGGUGCUGCAAGGUUAUAUGUGAUCACUUGGGAUUGGGAAUCAAGACUGGAUUACCCUACAUUUACCACAGCAAGGCUAGCAAUCCAUUUGUAAACUUGAAGAAAGAGUACAAUGGGAUUUUCUGGCAAGAAGAAAUCAUUCCAUUUUUCCAGAAUUUGAACCUCUCCAAAGAAUCUACUACUGUCCAGAAGUGCUAUGUGGAAAUGGCCAAACAGGUUAAUGAAAAACUUGGCAAAAUUGAUCCUUAUUUUGUGAAACUUGCUGAUGCUAUGGUCACUUGGAUUGAAGCUUGGGAUGAGCUCAAUCCUGCUACUAAAGACACUGCCAAGAUUCCCAAUGGUGCUGCCAAAUAAAAUAUUUCAUAGUUAUUUGUGGAAGUUUAGUUUAUUUGCAGUAUUUAUAGCUUUGCUUUUAUGUAAUUCUGUCAUCUAUAUCCUUUUACAUUUUUUUUACUUGAGUUGUAGAUGUAGCCAUAAUUUGGAAGAAAUGGAUGUAGAACUUCCAUUAAAAUCUCGUAAACUGUAAUAAGCCAUUUGGUCAUAACUCUGAUGCGAGGAUCAGAUGAAAUAAUUUUCUGUUUACUUCUCUUUCAA